AUGGUCGAAAAACAGAAUAAGACUUGGCGACCUUGUGGUGACUAUCGACGUCAUAAUGUGCAAAGAAUACCUGAUCGGUACCCAACACGUCACGUGCAAGAUUUCACACAGACAUUAAGCGAUAUAAUGCCGUGUGCUUCUAGUUUGUCUGAUUACGAACAGGGAAUCAUCAUGGGAAUGCAUGAAAACGGCUAUAAGAUCGCUGAAAUAGCGACUAGACUCAAUCGGCAUAGGAACUGUGUUUCCAGGUUCCUGAAAAACUCGGCGGAAUACGGUACAGCUCCACGUAGUGGCCGCAAAACCAAAAUCGAUAACCGGUGCGAGCGCCGAAUUCGACGUCUAGCAGUGGGUGAUUCGAUGAGCAGCGGAGAAAUAAGGGCCCAUAUGGCACUUCAAAUCACAAGUAGUAGAAUUAUUCACAAAAAUCACUUCAUUAAACACAACGCAAUGAUGCCUAAACCAAAGCUUUUGGAGAGGCAUAUCAAGGUCCGUUUAGAAUUUGCAAAUAAAUACCAAUACAUGACCGAUGAGUGGCACAAUGUUGUCUUUAGUGAUAAAAAAAAUUUGAUUUAG